UUUCGCUUCCGGUGUCUUUGGGUUUCCGGGAGCGUACCUGAUGUGACGUCACAUGUUCACUUGAUCCUACCUGUUUCGGGCGUGGCUUUACUCUCGGUCUCGGUCUUGCAGCACAUAAUGAGGCCGUGUUUUUUUGGCCUCAACCCGAUCUAGAGGCCAACUGCGUUCGUGUGUGAAUUGUUUUCAACCUUAACAGUUGGUUUAUUUUACUUUACUUUCGUAGUUUUUUCGUUUUGGCUUUUGGUUGGCCUUGACUGUUACGUCAUUGAUCAUGCCCAGUAAACCUGCCGCCGCGUUGCUCCUGUUGUCUUUGCUCAAAGUGUGUGUCUGCAUUCAGGUGAUUGUUCCCCAGCAGCAGCGCAGCACGGCUCUGUUUGCUUCGGUUACGCUCCGCUGUGACUACAGUACAUCUGCAUCCAGCCAAGAUGUUAUACUCACCUGGAGAUACAAGUCUUUCUGCAAGGACCCAGUGCUGGAGUAUUAUUCCACAGCGUACCAGUCCGCGUUACAGUUAGGACAAGACCCGGCCAAUGACUGUCCUGAUCGUCAGCGAAAAGUGCGUACUGUGGUCCAAAAGAGAGGGUCCAGCGAGCCGAUCCUGGGAUCAGAGUAUCGUGAACGAAAGAUCUCCAUCCAGAACAAGGCAGAUUUGGUGAUAAAUGAAGUAAUGUGGUGGGACAACGGUGUGUACUUCUGCAGUGUGGAUGCCGCCGGAGACACAACUGGAGACUCGGACAAAGAAAUCAAACUCAUUGUCUACCACUGGCUGACGGUGUUGUUCAUCGUCAUUGGAGCGCUGCUGCUCAUCAUUCUUUUUGGUGUCUGCUGCUGCCAAUGCUGCCCCCAGAGUUGCUGCUGCUACGUGCGAUGCCCCUGCUGCCCACAGCAGUGCUGUUGUCCAGAAAAAGCUGUGAUGCAGCAUCGUAUGAUGAAAGAGGCCCAGAGAGCCAUGAAUCCCUGGUUAGGAGGGCAGCCUGUGUAUGCACCGAUGAGCCACGUCUCCUCACAGAUGAACCCACUGCUGUAUCCAGGAACUUCUUCUGCCAAUAGCGUCCCUCUGAAGCCGAUGCCUCUUCCUCAUCCUCAGUCCUCGGCCUACAGUGUCCCAGCUCCCAGUAUCCCCAGCAGUCACACUCCUGCUAACAAUCACAUGUUGGAUUACCUAGAAAGUCAAGUGAGGGGGAUGGACAUGAACAGUCCUCUGUUAGUGUCUCAGCCACCUCCACCACAACACAUGCAGCAGAUGCCUCCUCCUCAGCACAGACCUGUCAAUGUACCAUUCUCCCCUGGCCCCCCGAGCAUGAUCUCCGCCCUCGACGAUGGCCCAAAGGAGCGCCGUGUCAUCAACCUCCCGCCGAUAAGAGAGCCCCAGAACCGACUUGCCCCACCUGCACCCAGAACUCGCCCCCCGAGCUCAAGUGAGAGCAGUCGCAGCGGCUUCGGUCGUCGUGAAGAUCGCGAUAGACGCUACCCAUCGCCCCCCAGAUCCAGAGGUAUUCCCCGGAGCUACAGCCAAGACUCCCUUGACGCACGGAGUCACUACGGAGCACGAGGAGGCAUGGACCUCCCACGGUCCCGUUCUAGAGACGACCUAUAUGACAGCCGAUCCAGGGGAAACUACUCUCCACCAGCAUCACGACAUCCAAGAAGAGGGUCGUGGAGCUCAGACGAUGAGGGCAGCAGGAGGGGAGGAGGAGGAGGCGGUGGCAGAAGGGGAGGCGGAGGCGGAGGCGGAGGCUGGGUUGACAAACCUCCCAGCUACACCGAGUACGAACCUGGACAGAAGCCAGGAGCACGAAAGAACGACCGCUACGCUGACAAGAAUUCUCGCAGUGGCAACAGCAUCGUCAUCUGAACUUUCCAGCUGCCAAACGCCCUGUGACCUCUGGUUCAGAGAACAUGCACAGCCUGUGUAGGAUUCAUCAGAUCAACCCUUUUUAUGAAAAAGGAAUGUUUUUAAUAAUGUUAUAGUGUCAAAAGCUGAAGCUGAUUUUUUUUUGUUUUUGUUUUUUUAGGAAAUAUGUUAAAAAGCAACAAAAAAAAGAAAAUCUAAUUCUACAAUGGAACCUUUUUGAUUACAAUAUUUUAUAUAGAAAACUUUUAAAACAGAAAAUAAAUUACUGCUGAACAGAUUUCUUUGGGAACAAUAUCCCCCUCUGCUGGUUAUUGGGUGCAACUUUAAUACUAAAUUGUUUGAAAGCCCCUUGAGUUUUC